AAUAACAGCCUCCAGAAGCUGGCCAGCAUUUGGAAGGACGAUGCGCAGUGCCUGUCUGUUUGCGUUUUUCGGGCUCUCUUUUGCCGGCUUUGAUUACGCUGGGCGUCCGUCUUUAGAGGAUCUGGAUGAGUUCUUCAAGGAGGAUGAGAAGAUUUGGAUUUACUACAGAUCAUACGCUCGAUAUGAAGGUGAUGAUAUCCAUGUCUGCGUUUACAUGCAACACCACUCGUGGAGCUAUUACCAUCCUGGCUUGAGGUUUGUCUAUGGAGGUUACCGGACAAACAAAAUGGGAGAGCGAAUCGUACUCAACAUCAGACAAAGAAGAGGAAAUGGGACGGAUGACCCUCCUCUGCUGAACAUCACCAGAGACAAAGAUGAAAGGCCAAGAGACUAUCAGUUUAUGUACUGGAACAAAGAUGAAAAAUGCGCUGUGAUCACCUUCUCGGACAACUUAUGCAACAUCAUGUGCGAACUCUAUGUCUGGGAAAAAAACAUCAAAGAAACUUCCCGAGCUGUGAAAACGAGUACGAAGCUAUUUGCCCUGGUCGUCCAAAGCAUAUGGUUUACCUUCGCAAUCGCUGCUUCUAAAAUCAAUGUGAGCACUUCUAUCUAACCGGAGCAAGUCGAAUUGAAUUCCAUAGCAAUGCUACAGACAUCCUUGGUAUCAAAAAAGUUGGGUGAAAAUAUAACCACGUUUUCUCUCCCGCUA